AUGGGUGAUGAGAUCUUACCAGAUGAGGUCAUGGAGAUCAGGGUGCAGAUGACCAAGCGCUACCAAGAGCAACCUGACAAGCGGCGAAUGAAGGAUGAGAUGCGAGCUGCCAGCGGCUUUAUGUUCAUGGGCAGCGCGCGGCUAGUUCAAGGAGUUGCUACGGUCAUAUUCUUUGGGAUUCUAUUUGCCUUAAGCCAGUCAGAUCAGGAUACCGUGACGUUUUUGCUGAUGCCUCCUCAACGGCGAGGCUUUUGA